UAUAAAAGCGUUAUUGGAUGUGUACGACGACCUCUCCAUAUUUUUACACGAAAGCUGUUAAAAUUGGGUAGCCUACUUAACUGAGGACGAUGAACGAUUCGGUGAUAUUCCUUCGUGGCCGAGUUGUGCGUGGGAAGAAAAGAGGCGGUGAACAACUAGGAAUACAUACCGCAAACUACCCUGAAGAGCUAGUAGAUCAAUUUGGUAGUUCUCUUGGUACAGGAAUUUACUGUGGCUGGGCAAGUGUUGAUAAUGGUCCAGUUUACAAAAUGGUUAUGAGUGUUGGCUGGAAUCCGUACUAUAAGAAUGAAAAGAAAUCUAUGGAAACGCAUAUCAUUCAUGAUUUUGACCAAGACUUUUAUGGUGCUGAAUUAAGUGUCAUUGUUCUCAAUUAUUUGAGACCAGAAAAAAGCUACCCAUCUUUAGAAUCUCUUAUAGAGGCAAUACAUCAAGACAUUGAAAAUGCAAAGAAGACUCUAGACCAAGCAGAAAAUUCGAAAUUCUCCACUCAUUCAUUCUUCACAUCAAGAACUGAUGCAAAAACUGAUUCUCAAAACAUCUCUAAUGGACUUCUAAAUGGCCAUUUAUGAUUUACAGAACAGUGUUUGUAAUUUUGAUUUAUUUUUUACCCAAUAAUUAAAACUUGUAAAUAUAAUGCUUUUUGGGAUAUAAUAAUUAACAAGCAACCUAAACUUUAUUUUUAGCUGAUUUCUGUGAUUCUUCAAUGAUAAGAUAGCCCAAUAAGAUCUGGCAACGAUUGGAAAUAGAGCCAGAUGGCAACCAUAAUGGACAGAUUAUGUAUCUGAAACACAUGCUACAUAUAUCUGUGCAUUGUGUGAUCUGUGCUGUGUUGCUAAGGUUGCCUUGGCAAGAUAUUUGUAACACAUAAGGAAAGGCAUUGUGACUGAUGGUUUUGCUGACAAGGGCAGGACCAAUCACAAAACUUAAAGACUCUGAGUCUGUUUGUGUAAAGAAUCUUUUAAAUCCACUUGAAUUACGAUGCAACCCUGGGUGGGUGGGGGUGGGGGACUUUAUAAAAGUAGACAGGGGUGAUCGUCCUAUCUUUAAGGGAAUAAAAUCUUUCCAACUGCUUUCCCUUAGGCUCUAUCUCUUAGGGUUAGACAUUGCUUCGACAACACUUAACGUGUUAUCUUUUAGGGGUAAGAAAUGCUGUUGACCACGGCCAAGUGCUAUCCCUUAUGGUUAAUAUUGAUUUUGCUGACGAUCACCCCCCUCUGUUUUUAUGGGAGUCCCCCUAGGGGAUGUAACUCAAUUCAUCCUUCAAAAUAAAAUAAAAACUAUCCAAUUGCCAAACCAUAAGAUAAUAUACAAAAAAUGAUUUUUUUCGAAUAUUUCGAUAUUCAAAACUAAAACAGCAGUGUUAGUCGAAUUCAAAAUCUUGAAACUGUGGAAAUAAAAAAUAAGCAACUGCAAAAAAAAA